UCUCCCUCUCUCUCUCUCUCUCUCUCUUUCUGUGCAUUUUCCAGUCUACCAAAAACACCUCCUUCCAAAGCCUCCGAUGCCCGAUCCGUCGACCUCCGCACCAUCAUGGGUUCGUCGCCUCCCUUCCGGCCUUCUCCUCCUCUUUCUGUCUGUCCUCACCCACCAUCCUUCUGGUAUCUCCUCCUCACACCUACCCUCAGAUCCCAUCAAUUUCGUCCGUCCAUUGAGACCCUCCUCAUCCAUGAUCCUACCCCUCACCCUCUCUUUCCCCAAUUCAUCCCAGCCGUCCAUCGAAGGCAAUUUUCGCCGCCAGCUGCAGAAAGAGCAUCAAACUCCAGAUGCCCGCAUGCGACUCCACGAUGAUCUACUUACCAAUGGUUACUAUACGACCCGGCUUUAUAUCGGGACCCCACCGCAGAAAUUUGCUCUGAUCGUCGAUACAGGGAGUACGGUCACGUACGUUCCAUGCUCCACCUGCGAGCAGUGUGGCAAGCAUCAGGAUCCAAGGUUUGAUUUUGAAAAGUCGAGCACUUAUCAACCAGUAAAAUGCACGUUAGACUGCACUUGUGACAGGGAUAAUAUGCAAUGUACUUAUGAGAGGCAGUACGCAGAAAUGAGCUCUAGCAGUGGGGUGCUUGGUAAUGAUAUUUUAUCAUUUGGCAAGGAAAGCGCAUUGGAGCCCCAGCGAGCUGUUUUUGGUUGUGAAAAUAUCGAAACUGGCGAUCUUUUCAGUCAACGUGCUGAUGGCAUAAUGGGUCUUGGCCGUGGUCAGCUUAGCGUCAUGGAUCAACUUGUUGAGAAGGGUGUAAUAAGUGACUCGUUUUCCUUAUGUUAUGGUGGAAUGGGUGUUGGCGGGGGUGCGAUGGUUCUUGGUGGAAUUUCUCCUCCCCUUGAUAUGGUCUUUUCCCACUCUGACCCUGUCCGCAGUCCAUAUUACAAUAUCGAGCUGAAGGAAAUACAUGUAGCUGGGAAGGCGUUGCCGUUGAACCCAAGUGUAUUUGAUAGCAGGCAUGGAACUGUCCUGGAUAGUGGUACAACGUACGCAUACCUACCAGAACCGGCAUUUGUAGCAUUCAAGAAUGCUCUUGUGAAGAAACUUUCCCUCAAAAAGAUCCGUGGUCCAGACCCAAAUUACAAUGAUAUCUGCUUUUCCGGUGCUGGAAGUGAUGUCUCCCAACUGUCUAAGUCCUUUCCAGAGGUCAAAUUGGUUUUUGGCAAUGGGCAAAAGUUGUUGCUAGCUCCUGAAAACUACUUGUUUCGGCAUUCAAAGGUUCAUGGUGCUUACUGCCUUGGAAUUUUUCAGAAUGGAAAAGAUCCAACAACUCUUUUGGGAGGAAUUGUUGUUCGCAAUACUCUUGUAACUUAUGAUCGUGAGAAUGAAAGGAUUGGGUUCUGGAAAACCAACUGUUCUGAAUUAUGGGAGAGGCUGCAUAUCCCUGGAGCUCCUUCUCCGGCACCUUCAGUCUCCCAUGUCAAGAAUUCAACUAUAACAGUGCCACCUGCAUUGUCUCCGAGUGGACUGCCUGAAAAUAUAAUUCCAGGCCAAUUCAAAGUUGGGCUCAUCACAUUUGAUAUGUCCUUGAGUGUAAACUACUUAGACCUGGUGCCUCACAUGACAAAACUCACAGAUUACAUUGCACGGGAAUUAGAAGUUAAUACAUCUCAGGUCCAUCUAUUGAAUGUUACUAGUGAAAGAAAUGGCUCCCUCAUUAGAUGGGCUAUAUUUCCAGCGGAAUCUUCUCAUUACAUUUCCAAUACCACUGCAAUGAGCAUAAUCUCCCGCUUAACUGAACACCGUGUGCACCUUCCUGAUACCUUUGGGAGUUAUCGGUUGGUCAAAUGGAAACUUGAACCGCCAGUGAAAAGGAGGUGGUGGCUGCAACGCUUUUUGGCAGUGGUGGUGGGAAUUGCAGUAGUGGUGAUACUCAGUUUUUCAACUUUUCUGGCAUGGUACAUUUGGAGACGCAGACAGCAAGAAUUUGGGAGAUACAAGCCCGUGGAUGCUGUUGUGGGCGAGCAAGAGCUCCAGCAGCUCUAACACAGACCAAGUUUCUUCUAUUGCAUUAUGGUGAUUCGUUUUGCCAUGAUCAUGCUGUGCAAAAGGCAUCCAAAUCAAUGAAAAUCUUCAGCAGAAGGGGUGGCCUGGUUGUGAAAGGAGAUCUUUUCUGACGAUCUCUACCGUACAAAUUAACUCAGGGUGUGAGUUACAGGAGGUGCCACUUCUCCAGAGUGGCAUAUCAAGAAGCUUGCAUUACAGUUUAUAGCUCAGUGCAAAAUGAGCCCUGCCCAUCAUGGCCAAAUGAACGAUUGUGGUCCUUCCUAAUUUUCUUCAGAUAGCAUCGGGUUUUUUGGGUAUCUGCUUGCUCGGACAUGAAAAUGUUGUAUGGAAGGAUUCACCUGACAGAAUUGGAAUUUUGUAGGCUGUGUUGUAGUAUUAUGGUGACAGACUGAUCUGAUGCAUUCAAUUAUAUGGGCCUUGAUAAUAUGUAUUGAUACCCAGCUUGAUUCUCUGAUAAUAAAGUAAUGGCUUAUAGUGAUUGGGGUUAA